AUGCACAAGCCCACGACCUUACACUUUCAGCAUUUAAAGAGGGUCUUAAGGUAUCUGAAGUUCACGAUUAAUCAUGGAGUUAAGCUUCGUUCCUCCCCCUCAUUCGGCAUUCUUGCGUACUCUGAUACAGAUUGGGGAGGUAAUAGUGAUGAUCUUACUUCCACUUCAGCAUAUGUCAUUUUUCUUGGAGGCAAUCCAGUAUCUUGGCUAUCUCGCAAGCAAUGUACUGUUGCUCGUUCAUCCACUGAGGCUGAGUAUCGCGCACUAGCCACCACUACUGCAGAGGUUAUGUGGUUAUCUAAUCUGCUUCAUGAAUUGAAAGUGUCAUCGCAGCUUUCACCUCGCCUGUUAUGUGAUAACCUUGGUGCUGUUCAUCUCAGUUCUAACCCCGUCCUUCACUCUCGGAUGAAACAUAUCUCCUGGACUGUCACUUUGUGCGCGAACUGGUUCAGGCAGGUCGCAUUCGUGUCUCGCAUGUAUCUUCACGUGAUCAGCUUGCAGAUCUUCUCACCAAGCCUCUGCCAGCCACUCGAUUUCAGGAAUUGCGGGUCAAGAUGA